AUGUUCACCGAGUUGCCUUCAUCCAAGGAUGGCUACACAAAACGUGUGACACCGGCUCCUCAUGAGGCCGAAGCAUUCUGGGUGGACAAUAGCGAGCUCCAAUCUGGAACACGUGGGAUCGCCUACCGGCGCAGCAUGAACUUGUCAGACAAGGAGCCGAAGAAGAUCGCCGAGUUCAACACGGUGGUUCGAGGGAUUCCGCACGAGUCGUGGCUUCAGGUGGACGACUUCUUCUUGCCGAUGAAGGUAGGGGGCAAAGAGGUCCUUAGGAAGGUCUGGUGGUCUCGGACGAACAUCGAAGACAACCUGGCAAUUGGACCGUCGGCCGACGCAGCAGCCGAAGAAGUCCAGAAACUCCGCAAGGUAGGGGAGACGGAGCCCCCCGAAGUCCCGGAAGCUCACAACACUCCGGAAAGCCCACCGACAGCAUCACGACCCUUAGUCGCGGGCACUGGCUCUUGGUACGAAGUGGUCUGUGAAAGGCUGAUCAUCCGCACUGCGCCUGACCUUGAAGCCCCAAUGCAGGGCACCCGACGCCGAGGUCAGAAGCUGGAAGUCUUCGACUGGGAUCCUACAAGGAAGUGGAGGAGGAUUUCUACAUCCUUGGGGCCUGCUUGGGUUCUGUUGGACGCUGAGACUGGCCCCGUUCUGCGGCCAAAGGAUGUUCCAUUCUCGCAGCAGCCGCUGCACCCUCUGUGCCAAGCAGCACGGGAAGGAUGCCUCCCAGACAUUCAGCGCUUUCUGUCGGAAGGCCUGGAGGUGAACACCCGCGAUGUCGAUGGACAGACACCCCUGAUGCUUGCGGCUCAAAGCUUUGGCUGGGAAGGCUUCGUCGCAUGCGUCCUGCUCCUGGAGGCGAAUGCCGACCCAAGCUUGACACUGAAUCGUGCAGAUGAGAUGUUGUUGCGUGAGAAGAUCGUGCGGCUCGAGCGAGAGAAGCGGGCUGCUGCCGAGCACGAAGAUUUCGUCAAGGCCGCAAGCAUCAAGAACGAGCUCGAUGCCCUGAAGAGAAACCUAGACGAGCCUGGCAGCACCGCACUCACUCUCGCAGGCGAGACAGCUGCAGCGGAACUGUUGAAGAUGGUGUCAACCGGAAGUUUGUUUUGUGACAUGCAGAAGUUGCAUACAAUUUACGAUGAGAUUCGCAGCGUGCCCGGCCCUGAAUGCAGGGGUAUUCCGGGCAGAGUUGAAGCGCUGGCUCGCGCCGCCGAACGGAAAGAUGCGCAGGAGCAGCAGGCUGCUGGAGAGCGAGAGCCUGCAGGCGGCGAGGGGCUUGUCGCCUCUCUGGAGGCGACAUACGAAGUCAUUCAGGAGACUAAAGAAGAUGCAAGCGGUGCAAGCCCCGUCCGGGCCGAGACGGAGGAGGAUGUUAGCGAUAGCGAUGACUUGCCCUUGCUUGACACCGAGGUGGCCGAGGAGUCUCGAGCCGUGGUUUACCGUGUGGUGCACGACAAGGCAUGGGUCUACGAGGAGCCAUCGUUGUCCGCAGACCUUCUGGGUCAGUUGAGAAAGAAUCAACUCGUGGAGGUCUUCGACUAUGACCGUUCCAGAUCAUUUGGUCGUGUGGAAGUUUGCCAUCGAAGCACCCGAUUUCGGGAGAAGGGCUGGGUAUUGUUCCAGGAUGAGUCUCUGGGAGACCUGCUGAAAGUGUUUCGGCGGUAG